CAUAUAGAGCAGGCUCCUAUUUGAUGCAUGCUGAGGAGGUGGGUGUAUCCAGCCCGGCCGCUCUGAUGUCAGGAAAGAAUAGCUUUUGCAUCCUACUCAGUCUGCUCUCCUCUCUCCCUGCUCUCCCGUUUCAUCCCGUCUGUCUGCCUUCUAGUACUCCAUAGUACUCUUCUUUCACUAACUGCUAUCUAGGAUAUAUUUACACGAAACCCUCGUAGGUAGACAGAGUGUGAUCCUAGAGGGCUGAAGAGGAGCUCACGUUUGGAUGACAGAUAGAAAAUAUGAAUGCACAUUACCCUGAAGAGACUUGUAAAAAACGGGCUGAGCGCUGCUGAAACAGAAGUUUCUACCUUGUUGCAUUCUUUUUUUGAUCCUGACGGAUAAAACAAGCAGCUGCAGAGGCUGCUGGCUCCGACUGUAGCAAACACAAGUAGAUGACUGAAAACUCGGCUUCCCAUGAUGGACAAGAAAAGUGCCAACGGGUUUCAGACCAAGGCCAGUGAGGGCGGCGUUCAAAGGAAGCAGCUGCCCUAUUCAGUGGAGACUCCCUAUGGCUUCCACCUCGAUCUCGACUUCCUCAAGUAUGUGGAUGAUAUUGAGAAAGGCAACACCAUCAAAAGGGUCCACAUACAGCGGAGGGUGAAGGGCCCACCUAAAUUCAGUACUCUGCCAAGAAACUUCAGUCUUCCAGGUCAUGGAGUCAGGCCCGUUCUCAAGGAAAAGGACAGUGCAUGGUCUGGGACGUCCACCUUGGGACCUAGGCCUAAAUCCCGGGUGGCUGAGGUCCAGCAGAUCUUUGACUUCCGUGUUAGUGAAGGGGGAACUUCCAGCCAGAGCAGCAGGGGGUCAUCUAGCCAAGGUUACAUGUCCACAAAACCCAGAGACGAAGCAGGCACCGCGGCUCGAGGCCUUGAAGACAAGUCUGCUGUGAUUCAGAGUCGGCCAAAUCUCCUCCGAGCGUCAAGCAUGCCCAUCACCCUUCCGCAGCGUAAAGGCUCGGAUUCCAGCAGUCCGGACUGCGCUAUAGGAACGCCCGAAAACGGCUCUACGGAGAACAUGUUCCGCGCUUCGCCGGACGUCAUUGAACGACGAUGUCUCCCUCAGGAUCGGGCGGGUCUUCACCAGCAGAUUACAGUGGCGCUAAAGCGAGUCAGAGAGCUGGAAGACCAGGUCAGAACCAUCCCAGAACUAAAGGCUCAGAUCUGCUCUUUGAGGGGAGAGAGGGAGCAACUGCUGCUUCAGCUGCAGGCCCAAAUCCAAGCACAGGCGUCCGCGUCAUCGUCUUCUGCAGCAGCCACGAGUUACGAUGCAGGGACAACCAGUCACUCACAAGGGCACAAACCAGAAGGGCUCAGCUUAUCUCUUACAACCCAACACACGGGAGGCUCAAAAGCUUCAGCACUUAUACCGGAAAAGCCAGCAACAGUUAAAGAGAGACAUGGCCCGACAGAGACGGUUCAAGUGUUACCACACGAACGCAAGACUUCUACAGCACAGGGAGAAACAGAGCCUCAUGCAGAUCAGAAGCUAUCGCUGAACACUGAGAGACAGGAAUUAAAAAAGAUUAUAAAAGAAGAUGAAACCAGCAGCAGCCAAGAUCUUAACACAGCGAAAAUAGGAACCGCCAAGAACCGAGAUGCAACGCAGAACCUGCAGGAGAAGUUAAUGCAACUCGAGGUAAAACUGACUCAAGCCAGCCAACAGCUGGAGACGACUCAAACUCUUCUGAAGGAACAAGUGAAGGAGAACAAAGCAAAAGAGGAGAAAAUCUUACAACUGAGCGAGGGAAUGAGAGUGGAAAUAUGUACCACACGAGCCGACGAGCUGCCCCGAAGAGAGAGCAUAGACAUGGGGAUGGUCACGGAGAAGAUAGAUUUCACCAACCAGGAAACAGAGACGGAAUUGCCUCGAACGGUAGAUCAGGGUACGGAUACUGAGAGGAUCUCUGUGGAAGUGUGCGCCCCCGAGCCAGGAGCUGGAAGUAUCGACCGAGGAACCGUGACCGGUGACGCUGACGGACGCGACCAGGUGACGGGGAUGGAGGGAGAAACGGCCGCGGCGUCUCAGCCUCGAGCCAGAGCCAACAGCAUGGAACGGGGCACGAUAACAGAGAGCGUCAUCACUCAGGAUCAGACCACCGAGACGCCGGCAGCUGAAAGAGUGAGCCGGGUCACAGAAACAGAGGGAGAGACGGUGACGGACCAUCCUCAGAGAGCGAGGGCCGGGAGUGUAGACCAAGGCACAGAAACGGAGAGGGUGGGCACGGUGGACAGGGUGACAGAGACGGAGAUGGCACCGAGGAGUGACCAGCAGACUGAAACGGAGACAGAAAGACAACAGGACAAUCAUCCAGCCAGAGACAGAGAAGCAGGGAACAAUGUGAGUAAUGAAGGCAGAGAAAGGGAGAACGAAGGUCUUGUGGUCAGUGAAAAUGUGGCUGUGGAGGUUUCUGAGAGUUCAGUUACGGUUGCCGAUGCCACGCUUCUGCAAUCUUUGGUUUCAAAUGUUGAAACCCAGGUUGAAGAGUCUCCCAGUCCAGUUUCUGCAACAGAAAACGAGAGUGACAAAACAGUGAGUCCUGCACAAGACGACUCAAAAAGGACAGAAAUCGAACUCCCAACAAGCGUGGAGACAGAAUGUGUUGGAGACAAACAGAUUACCCCAGAGAAAAUGGAAGAGAAAGAAACGGGAGAAGAGACAGUGUCCCUUAAAGAAACUGUGAGCGCUGACAGUGUUGCGGUAGCAGCGGAGAAGGCUGUGGCUCCGGUGAGACCCCAAAGAGGCCGAAAGCCCUCGGAGGAACCGGCACAGCCAUCACCUGCUCAGCCUCAGGCUGAAAGCCAACCCCAGCAGAUUCAGAGCAAACCCCCGGCCCAGGAGCAGCAGCAGGUACAGACCUCGUCCCACAUCGAGGCUCAACCCUCAGCUCAGCUCUCUGGACCACAGGAGAAACCUCAAACGCCAACUGUGAUUCAGUUAGAAGCCAAAACGCCUCCUGAGGACUCUCAGGUACAGCCUGACGCUGAGACCCGGCCCCCCUCCACAGCUUCCAGCGAAGUCCAAAAAAGCAGGCCCAAAUCCAUCCAAACCCAUCCUCCGCCCCAAACCUCCGCGUCUCGUCGGGGUUCGAAGGACCCGAAAGCACCACAGAGGGCGUCCAGUGUGUCGCAUCCCCCGGGUCGUGCGUCGGGAGAAGCCAAGUCCCGGCCGACUCGACAAGGGUCAUGCGAUGCCAAGUCUCCGGGCUCGCGCAGAAGCUCCACCGAAACUCCACCGCCUCACAAAGAUGCCACAGAGCCACAAUCGCUGCGAAGAGGCUCCAGCGGCUCAGACACUCAGCGCCGCGGUUCGAGCGAAGCCCAGGCCUCCUCCCGCAGGGACGCCGGCGAGGCCCAGUCCGCUCGCAGGGGCUCCGGUGAAUCGCCAACAUCACCCGCAGCUCUGGGCCAAGUCGUUACUCGGUUAACAGGCCUUCUCGGGGAGCAGUGGGCACAGCUGGGCAGCGGCACUGCGGCUCAACAGACGGCCAGCCCGCAAGAAAGCACCAGCGCACCCAAGCAGACGGCGAGCAAAAGAGUAGAGGCAGGAAAGGCAACCUCAGCCAAGCCUGCGGGGAAAUCGGCUGCUGCUGCACCGGCAUCAGGGAAACCAGCGGGGAAGCCGGGUGCCUCGAAAAUGAGCUCCAUACAAAGUCAGCUGGUCAGCUCCCUCAGUGUCCUGUCUGCCUUCUACUCCCCGGGCCAGAAAGCCAGCGCUGCCAGCAAACAACAAGAACAAGGUCUCAAAUCCAUUAUGAAGAAAAACGGCGUUGCUGACAAGCAGGGGAACAAGGGGGCCAAGAAGAACCUGAAGUUUGUUGGAGUGAAUGGAGGCUAUGAGACCACGUCCAGUGAGGAGUCCAGUGGAGAUGAGAAGUCAAAAGUGGAGCUGGAGGGGGAGGACAGCUCAGAGCCGGAGGCGGAGAAGGAAAAGGAAAAGGACAAGGAGCCUGAGGAGGCAGCAGAGAUCCAAGGAGCAGAUGCAGAGAUCUCAGCUGAGAAAGGAGGCGCUGAGGGUGAAGAGAAGGCGGCUGAGAUGGGUCUGCUGGAUCCAGAAGGUGGACAGGAGCUCCUGGAGGAGCAGGCUGAGGGGGAGAAAGUUGACAAAGCAUUCAUAGAUGCUUGUCUUUACGUGAAGGACCGCAUGGAGGAGGUUUCAUCUCCAGACAAAGAAAUGCGUCAGGUGUUGGUGGUGCUCUACCAGGAGUGGUUCAAGGUCUCCAGCCAGAAGGACUCGCAGGCAGACACGGUCACGUUAUACCUGCGGCGCGUGGGAAUGACCACCCCCACUCUCCUGCCGUACGUUGUGAACUUGACGGACGGGAACGGGAACAUGGCUCUCCAUUACAGCGUGUCCCAUUCCAACUUCCCCGUGGUCAAACUGCUGCUAGAUACCGGUUUAUGUGAAACAGACAAUGUGAAUAAGGCGGGGUACACCCCCGUGAUGCUGGCUGCGCUGACGGCCGCUGACAGCACCGAUGACCUGGAGGUGGUGCAGCAGCUGCUGAAGCUGGGGGACGUCAACGCCCGCUCCAGACAGGCGGGUCAGACUGCGCUCAUGCUCGCAGUGAGCCAUGGCCGCGUUGCCAUGGUGAAGCUGCUCCUGAGCUGCGGCGCGGACGUGAACGCCCAGGACCGCGAGGGCUCCACGGCCCUGAUGAUCGCCAGCGAGCACGGACACACGCACAUCGCCUCUCUGCUGCUGGAGACGGGCCGCUGCGAUAUCGCCCUCACAGAUAAGAAUGGACAGACAGCUCUGUCGGUGGCAGAAGCUGCCGCCCACCGGGACAUCGUUGACCUCCUGAAGGCCCACGCCUCUGAGCCCAAGUCUGCCACAGACCUCCUCUGAGCAGCUCAGCAACGCCUCCACCCUUCAUCGACACAGAGGAGAGGAUUAAAAAAAAACACACAAAAAAACACGACACUUCACAAAAACGUUAUUUAAACCUCUUUGAACUGGAGGUUUUUCCCUCAAGUCUCCGCCAACGUGCCCCCUGGGUGUUUGUGGGUGAGCUCCAACCGGUUGCUCUAACCGUCAGAGGGGAUGGGAAAGAUGCUACGCUGAGACGUUGCCAUAACGACGAGGAUGACUGACAGCGGGUCGAGUCGGAAGCAGGUUGAGAAUGUGAAGCGAGACGAGGAGUGGGCAUCCUCUGAGCCGCUGCUUCUUUCAUCGACUAAUCCUUAAAGCAAAGCACAUGAUCUACCUUUUAAAUACAUGUUACUAGAUAUUCAUGAUCUAUUUUCUUCCGACACUGACGAGUUUCUUUCCAAGCUUAAACAUCAGCCAUUGUCGAGAUCAUCGUAUACGAAGAAUGUUAUUCUAACAGAUUACAAUCACACAAGCAGAGACUGUAUUUUCUACGACAUUUUAUUUUAUUUUUUUUGUGAAUAUUCAUCUAUUAUACUGGUGUCCAGAAGAAACUAUAACUAACAAAGUGUUAAUUUUACAUCAAUUAUAGAAAGGAAGGAUAUAUAUAUAUAUUCUAUUGGACAGGAAGUGAAUAAUUUUUAUAAAAGCAAUAUAAUUUGGCUGAAGAAAUGUCUGAGCAGAAUGAGCUGCAUGCCAACAGUUACCCCCCUCUACUGGCUGAAUAUGUACAAUACUACACCACAGUAUGUUGUAAUACUGUGUUGUCAUGGUUUCUCUCCAUCGCUCUCUCUCUCUCUCUCUCUGACCUUGUACUGAGAUGUAAUGUAUGCCUUGUUCGCUUGCUCGUUUCAACUCAAGUCAUGUAUGCAACUGAUACAAACAAAAAAGGAGGGGAAAAAAAUGCACAAUGAAUGUCAGACUGGCGGUGACACAUUCCAAGAGAAAAAUGUAGCAGGUUUAAACUAACGCGGCAUGGAUCACGGGACUAACACUCGCAAGACUUCGCCAAGACUCGUCCGCCCUGUUCUGACCUCCAGGUGUUCGUAUUUCAAAUGUGCUAACAAGAGUGGACGUUUUGCUUUUUUUUAUUACUAUUAGUGUUAUUAUUGAGAGGCAAUAUCAAUGAAAUGCUACCUUAUCAAUGAGAAACAAGCGUGUUGCGUAGCUCUGUAGCCUUAAUCAAACAGCUGUCCUCCGUUCCACAGGUGAUGUUUCCCUCCGAGGAAGUCGAGUCUGUUGUUUUAUCGCGAUCCUAAAGUGCUGUGCCGCAGUCCUCUGGUGAAAUGUUUACAAGUCAACCUUCCUCCCUGAACGAUCACAACAGAUGCCAAACAUUUGUGUAUAAAACAACAACACAGGAACACAGUCAUGUAUUUCAUGUCGCUCUCUUCUUGGUCAAGAUUGGGAGAAAUAACAGCGGUGCAGUCAACUGUUUGACACUCAACCCCUCUAAAGUUAAACUUUAAAGGAUUUUAAGUAAAUAACUGCCAAAUCUGUGGUUAAACAAUCAAGCCUCAGAGAAAAAAAAAGGACAUCUAGGUUCUUUAGUAAUUUGUCCCCAACCUUUUGAUUCGUUUUAUCGACCGACCGUGACGAGAGGCCUAAAGUCUGGAGUUUCAUACACUCAGCGUUUACAUGACGGUGGCAUUUUAGUUUAGUUUAGUUUAGUUAGAGUGGCACCGUUUUCUCUUCAAGACUAAUACUGCAACCCGUUUAACUCCUCUGCACAUGUGAUCAGUAUUAGGUGCUCCCACGUGUCCGGCGGCCGGAGGUCGGUCAGGUCUGCGCCGAGACGAGCGCCCGGUUUAUCUGGUCUUCCGUGCCUAAACUUAAGGUCUUCAUGAAAAAUGAGGUUUCAUCCAGAGUGACCCGUUUGUGAACAGAUCAAAUCUGUUUCAUCUGAGGUUUGAAAACAUUUAAAAAAAAAGAA